CAUUAUUCUAAUUUAAUGGAUUCAUUUAAGCGCAGAUGGCCUCCCAUGGAGAGAACACUUCCUAAAGAGAUCAGCUGCAGCUUGCUCUGUUCUCAAUCUUCAAUAUAAAAUGGGUUAUCGGAGAAAAAUACAUCCCACAAUGUCUUAAACAUCACAAGGGUGAGAUGGAAGCGUUUUCAAAGGCUGUAUUUAGUUUAUUUGAACCUUUAUUGCCAGACGUGAGGACAAUGGGCUCGAAUAAAAUCUACAAUCGGGUUCACACCUUGUUAGCACCGCCAUUAGUCUCCCUUUACAUUCGCUGAUUGGUGAUUUACAUUUGCGACCAAAUAGCAUCUUUACUGCUGUUUGCGAAGAGUUUGGGGGCACUUAGGAGUGAACAGGAGCAUUUGAUAUAAAAAGUCGACCUCCGGGAGCCUUCAGUCACUCCAACUCCCAAGUUGCUGACUGGUUGUGUGGUUCAGGACACAGAUGCACCGGGAAUCUACUCAAACCUCAGACAUGUUCACCUUUGUGAUCUUCGCUCUGGUGUGCACCGCCGCUGCACGGCCUUCACUCAACAACCUGGAGAAUCAUUUCACCGCCGAAAACGAGCCGGAGGAAGUCCGAUCAGCUGCCAUCAAGAGGCUUUUGGAAGUUUUUGGGAUGGAGGAUCCUCCGGCUAUCCAUGGACACAAGCAGCCGCCUCAGUACAUGCUUGAUCUGUACAAUACGGUGGCUGAUGUGGACGGUGUGACCAAGGAUCCCAACCUGCUGGAGGGGAAUACUGUGCGCAGCUUCUUUGACAAACUGCGCAGUGAACAGGUGGAGUACAGGUUCAAUUUGUCCACGGUUGCCAGAACUGAGAAGAUUCUCACUGCAGAGCUCCAUCUCUUCAAGCUGAGACCCCAGGCAACAAUGGCAUUUCAAAGGCAUCACUUCUGCCAGGUUAGUGUCUACCAGCUGCUCGACCCCAGCAGAAGCAACAACACCCAGGAGAAGAAGCUGCUGUCUUCUCGGCUCAUCCCAGUCCAUUCUACUGGUUGGGAGGUGUUCACCAUCACACAAGCAGUUCGGUCCUGGACAAUGGAUGAAGGCAGUAACCUCGGUCUCCAUGUAGUGGUUCGAACUCUGGGAGGAAGCCAGAUGGACAUGAAACUGAUCCGCUUUGCUUCAGGACGCAACCACCACCAGAGCAAGCAGCCCAUGCUGGUGCUCUUCACUGAUGACGGACGCCGUUCCACUACUAUUGAAAGCCUUGACCCAAAUGACUCCACACCCACUUCCACCCUUCCCCAGGCCCCUAUGUCAGGCCCACCCUCCCGCAGCGCCCGUUCUCUCGACUACACCGAUGAAGAAGGUGUGUCCUCUCCCUGCCAGCGCCUGCCUCUCUACGUCGACUUCGAGGAGAUCGGCUGGUCAGGUUGGAUCGUUUCCCCCCGAGGAUACAACGCCUACCACUGCAAAGGCUCCUGCCCCUUCCCUCUGGGCCAGAACAUGAGGCCGACCAACCAUGCCACCGUCCAGUCAAUCAUCAACGCCCUAAAGCUGAUGAAAGGCAUCGAGACGCCGUGCUGCGUGCCAGACAAACUCUUCUCCAUCAACCUGCUGUACUUCGAUGACGAUGAAAACGUGGUGCUCAAACAGUAUAACGACAUGGUGGCUGGAAGCUGCGGCUGCCACUGACAAGACUGUUAUGGUAGUUUGGCUGCACAGAUAUUCAUCAUAACAGGAUGUAAAUAUUAGUGUUGGUACUUCAACAGUCCUUAAAACUUAAAUGCAACUAGUGAGUAAUGUGCAUAGUCCAAUAUGUGCCAAUGUAAUAUAUGUAAAUAUCCAUAAAUUAUAAUAUAUGGCAGUGAUGAAGUGAUAUCAUGAAAGGUGUAAAUGUGUAUAUUUUAUGUUUUUGUGAUUUAUAACAAAUAGAAUAAAAUAUAAAAAG